AUGACCCACGAGCGACAUGAGGUGACAGAAACGCUGCGCAAGGCGCAGCUCGGCCAGACUCUCGCUCCUGAAAAACUCAACAAUAACUACUCCUAUCUCAACAAACAGGACAACUCGACCCCGCUAUCGUUUUCGUCCUCUAACAAAACGCCAACAUCGAUCCUGAAAAAUUUCAACUUCAGUGCGGACCGCAAAUCUGUAAGCGAAGACUUUGUCAACUCCCAGCCUGGCCUCCGAAUGUCCAAGACGCAGGACGGUCAUCUAAACCCGGUCAAGGGAGCGUACAACGUCUUUGAUAAGCGAUCUUCCGGGUCUCCGAUCAACGUGGUGAACCGCAAAAGAAGAAGGCUUUCCAAUUCCAACCUGUGGCAGAAUUUGGAACCCAAACAGCCCCAGUCAGCCGAAAAAAGUACGCCUAAACAGUCAACUUUCUCCAAAAUCGUCUACAGUCUUCUGUCCGACCCGCAAUGUGCGUCUAAUCUUACACUCGUGGUGCAGAUCCUGCUCAACACGCUGCUUUUCGCCUGUUUCAUGACGCUCGUGCUGUUCUCGUUCCUGGCAGUCAAACGAGACGCAGACCGCAAGAUCCAAGGUUAUUCGAACAAGGUGGUGCACGAAAUCAACAUGUGCAAGCGCGAAUAUUUCAGAAACAACUGCUCGCCCGAGCUGCGCGUUCCAGCGCUCGAGGAGUCCUGUAAUGAGUGGGACAACUGCAUGAAUAGAGACCCAGAGGCAGUGAUCACUACGGUGGCGUACUUCGAGAUCCUGGCAGAGUGCAUGAACGCGUUCUUCCAUAACCUGAGUUUCCGCACGCUUUUCGGCCUAAUUUUCCUGACUUUAUUCCUUGUGUUGGUGCCCAAUAUCUUGUUCAGCAAAUUCAGGUCCUCGAAAACCACCACAACCAAUAAUUAUUACCACUUUAACCCAGACCAGUCAACUGCCAACGCGUCGCAAGUCUCCCAAAUGACGAGCAUGUCACCGCUGCGCUCACCAGCGAGAUCGCCACAGCGCAUUCUGGACUCGUCUGUGUACUUCACUCCUCCAGCAGCGUUGUUAAUGAAAGAGGACGGCACCAAGGUCCCGGGUUCGAGCGUGCGGUUCGACUCGAACGUCAGCUACCAUGAAAUCCCUGGUCUCGAGGCUAGUCCUCUGGGCAGGUUCGUGAACAAGGAUAGAUAUUGAUUACAUCAAUUAAUGACAUUGUACAUAAUUAAACAGCCAGUUUCUUUCCGCCCAUCAAUUGAUUCAACAACUCUGCGCUAUUUGUCUUGAUGUUGUCAGCGCUGGCUGCAGGGAACAGACCCGGAGGUGGAGGUGUGGCUGUGCUAGGCUUGUCCUGGCGCAGCGCUUUCAGCUUCUGCUCCUGGAGUAGCUGCUGUUGUAAAAACUGCUGUGCAGACUGUGUGCUCUGCACGGGCGGCUUGCCGCCCUGGAGUAUGUUAUUCGGGUAUCUCUGAGGCUGUGGCUGGUAGAACUGGUGCUGUAUGGAGGUCUGUGCUGGCUGUGUAGGCUGUGCUGGCUUGACGGGCUCCUGUAGAGCUACCGUCUUGUAACUGUAAUUUUUGCUGAAUGGAACAAACAGCAGCGACUCCACGAGCCGCGACAUGUGCUGCUUGUUGUCACCCUCCGACAGCAUCGACUUUUGCAUUUCGUCGGUGGAAAAUAGAUGGAACGAGCUCGAAACAUUAGUUUUUCUCAUGCUUGGCUUAAUAGUGUAAGAGAACUCCUGCUGGUUGUUGAGCAGCUUGAUGCAGUCAUCGAUCAGCUUGUAGCAAUAUAACGAGUCUUCCAUCACACCCGUCUCCUUGCUCUUGUCCUUUUUCUUUGUCUGCACAGAAGGAGAUUUAACUGGUUUUUGCAGUAUAGCAUCGCCAAGUGUUGGGAACGCAGACAGAGCCACAGGCGCCGAAGAAAGAUCGUUGACAGACGACGGCCCGACUCCCGAACUCGACAUUUGGGACUGGGUUUGCUGCAACUUAGCCCAGGCAGCCGUUGGCGGCAGACCAGGCAAGUUGUUCUCGUCCUCGUGGACAGAAGACGGAGCAGGAACAGCCGACGAGGGAGCAGGACUGUGGUCCUGGUACUGGCUCGAGUCAGUGUCCGUUUGGCUGGCUGGUGGGGGGAUCAGGCCGUUGACAGCACUUCUCUCCUCAAACUUCUUGUUGAUGGCCCGAGUAGACAGGUCUUUCCUGGUAUAUGAGUCGGCCUCUUCUCCGGGCUCGUGCAAGAACAUACAGUUAGGAUUCGGACAAGGCUGGCCUCUCAGAUAUGAUGAGCAGUACUUUGUGGUUCCGUGGGCGGCCUUGAGCACGCGGCCGUCGCUGAUCGACCCAUCAACAGCAGCAAUGCAACGGGCAGCGUCUUCUUUCCUUGCAAACGUCACAUACACUCCGUAGCCUGGGUUGGUGUGGUGGGGAUUAUUUGGGUUCGGGGUCCGCUUGUUGAUGACAAUUUUCGAGAUCUUACCGUACUGGCCAAAGUACUUGUCAGAACGCAGCACGGAUGGCAGCUCGUCUGCGCUGCAGGGUGGAUUCAGUCCCACUACGUAGACGAGGUUCUGCUGUAUGACUCUCAUUCCCGCAAGGUGGUGGCGUUUGGCCUGCUCGGCGUCCUUCUUCUCCUUUUCCACCUGUCUUCUCUCGCGCUUUUGCUUCUCCUUCCGGGCCUGGUUCAUCUUCCACUCUUCAGGGCUCACACUCUUGUGCACGACAUUCUUGUCGUCGUACGGCCUGCGACACGCAGGACAUUUCCCGUUGAGUUCUGGGUUCGUCCUGAUGUUGUUGUAGCAGAACUGGCACACUUGGUAGCCGCACGGACAUGGCCAGAAGUUUUUAUCGGUGAUGUCCAUCUCUUCCACACACAGGGGACACAGAUCGUCCUCCUCGUCGGGAAUGAACGGGUCGUUUUUAUCGUUAAAUGGAUCGUACAACAUUUCUGACGACAGGAGAUGCAGGGUUGUAGGAUAGAUG